GUGGGUGGGUGGGAGGUCGUGUCAACUGUUGAAGCGACUUCUCCUCCUUGAGCUCACACUUGUCGUUCUCUCCUCUUCUUCGCUCUACACCUAUCCCUUUGCCUUUGUUCUCUUCUCUCUCCCCCCCUUCCUCCUCUUACAUAUACACCCCAUCUUCUAAUUACAAAAUGGCUGGCAAAGAAAUCAUCAAUAAGAUGAAGGAAAAAGUUGGGUUGGGUUCAUCUUCCUGUGACACUGGCAAAGGGAAGAGCAAGAUGUCAAAGAACAUAACACAUGGCUAUCACUUGGUAAAGGGAAAAUCAAACCAUGCCAUGGAAGAUUAUGUUGUUGCACAAUUUAAGAAAGUUGAUGACAAAGAGCUUGGUCUGUUUGCAAUAUUUGAUGGUCACUUGAGCCAUGAUAUUCCUAAUUAUUUGCGGUCUCAUUUAUUUGAUAAUAUUUUGACAGAGCCUGACUUCUGGACUGAAACGGAGGAGGCAAUUAGAAGAGCAUAUCAUAAUACUGAUACUACAAUUUUGGAGAAAUCAGCUGAUUUGGGUAAAGGGGGAUCAACAGCAGUUACAGCAAUAUUAAUUAAUGGGCAUAAGUUGAUAGUAGCCAAUGUCGGGGAUUCUCGAGCUGUCAUAUGCAGAAAUGGGGUGGUCAAACAACUAUCAGUUGAUCAUGAGCCGAGCAAGGAACGAAAGAACAUUGAGGACAGAGGUGGUUUUGUAUCAAACUUCCCAGGGGAUGUUCCUCGUGUUGAUGGGCAGUUGGCAGUUGCAAGGGCUUUUGGUGACAAGAGCUUGAAGGGACACCUCAGUUCAGAACCAGAUGUGGUGGUAGAGCACAUAUAUGAUGAUACAGAGUUUGCUAUUUUGGCAAGUGAUGGAUUAUGGAAGGUAAUGACGAACCAAGAAGCAGCAGACUCAAUCAAGAACAUAAAGGAUGCCAGGGCUGCAGCAAAGCACCUUACUGAAGAGGCACUGAUUAGGAAGAGCACAGACGAUAUCUCCUGCAUAGUAGUAAGAUUCCAGUGAGAUGCUUUCUUGCUUCUUGUUGUGCUUUUCUUUGUUGGAUUGGGGAUGAACUCUCUUCAUGAUCUCCUUGGUGUUUGGUUGAGUAUGCUGUAAAAAUGAACCUGAUGCAUGUCUUUUGUUGCCACUGUAAAGGUCUUCUCUCUCUGUUUUUCUACUGUAUCAGUAUUGGAGGUUCAAGCUCAUACUGCAGCUGAAAUGCCAAAUGAUAUAUUGCAAACCUUCUUUGUGUGUUGUAUGGUAAAAGAAGAAGAUCAAACAUGACUCCUGUUUGGGUGU